UAUUCAGAUGUUAAUUAACAGAAAAGGACUUGCACACAAGUGCGAAGUACAAUGCGCUGGCCACACCUUUUGAUCUUUUCCGUGCUAUGCAGACAGAUUUGCAUACGAGCUGGACUGAACCCUUUAUCAUUUGAUCAUAGUAAACGGCAGUGAUAACAAUUCCCUGUAGUCUCAUACAGAAAUUGACUGGUCAAGUUUUGUGUAAGCAAGUAAAUUUUGUGGAUGACAUCCUCCAAACUUAGUGAGAGAGGGGAAAAACUCGGCCCAUAUGUGAAGAUCUACUCUCAAGCCAAGGCGGAGGUGCAGACGUUGACUUUGAGCACCCUGACAACUUUGCCCCGAGCAUGGGCAAUGGCACGGCAUUGAUCAUUGCCUCCAUGCUGGGGGACGUGGAUAUAGUGAGACUGCUGCUCCGCAAGGGGGCGUCUGUUAUGAAGAGAAUGGUGGGUGGCUUAACUCCGCUUCAUGCAGCCGCGUUCAAAGGGCAGACAGAAGUGGUGGAAGUGUUGGUGCAGCAUGGUGCAACAUUAGACAUACGGGACGGCUUCCAGGACACCCCACUCAUUCUGGCAUGUCACAGCAAACAUGUCGAAACAGUUCGGCGACUGAUUGAGCUCGGAGCAAGACCUGAUUUGACCGACGGUGGUACAGGCAGGAACUUGGGGAUAGCAGCCGGAAACCCGACCAGUGACGAGAGUAUCAAGCUGAUGCAAGAGGCUAUAGAGUCCAAGCUGUUGAGAUGCUGCAACCCUAAGUGUGGCAAACCAGGCUACAGGAAGAACCUGAAGCGGUGUUCUCAGUGCAAGCUGACCCGCUACUGCAGCCGUGACUGUCAGAUACAACACUGGACUGUCGGACACAAGAAGUGCUGUGGGCAAGAUACGUACACUGAAGAUCGUGCUUCAAAAAUGCUUUGGUCGUUGGUAAACAACAUCCACCAAAAACCCGUUGAAAAUGUGGUUAGGUCAAUGAUAAACCUCUUCGACGAAUAUUUGGAAGCGAAUAAAUGUUGAGUAGAAAUGCCUCUACAUCCGUAACAGAUAUACAUCUACAUCUAACGUUACAUCUAUACUUUAUUGGGCAAAGCCUCCUUCAGCAAUAGUAAGUAAAACAUGCGUUGCGUGAACCUAACUUGGGACAGUUAGCUAUUUCUUAGUAUAGAUCGAUUUUGCGUUGUUCUCUUUAUCAGUAUGGAAAACAAUGUGCCAAGUUUUUUUUUUUAUAGACGCAUACGUAAGGUCCAAAAGGGCCAAUUCUAUAUGAUCUUGUUCGAUUUACUUUGCACGGCCACGUUAAACGGAUCAUACGACGUAUAGAUGCUAUCCGCGUGCGCAUCAUUAUUUUUUUUGUUCGAUUAUGAUAAACCUAGUAGACAUAACAUGGUCUUAAAGAAAGUGAACGCACUGAGGGCUAGACUAUACGUCAAGGAGUCGGAUUUUUACGAAGCAAACUUAGCACCGCACAUGCAUAUGGUUCAAAAAGAAAACGUAUGCACAUGCACAUGGUUCAAAAAACAAACUUAGCACUGCAUAUGCACAUGAUUCAAAAAACAAACUUAGCACUGCACAUGCACAUGGUUUACAAAGCAAACUUAGCACUGCACAUGUACAUGCACAUGGAUCACAAAGCAAACUUAGCACUGCACAUGUACAUGAUUCAUUAUUGUGUACAUUUGAGUAUCUUAGUUUUCAGAGGUACGGAUCACAUUAAGUAUGGAAGUAAGAAGAUAUAACAGAAACUGGCUUAUUGCAAGUAUCAUUUACUUGCUAACGUUAACCAUUAUGAAAAAAAAUGUCCGUCAAGGAUAUGACACCCAUUUAUGUCUGAUUACAAGUUUUUACUGUUGUUAAAAACAUCAUUAUUGUAACCUCCGGUUUGUUUAGAUGCUUAUACUAUAGUACGGCAAACACGCAAUGAUGUUCUAUACUGUCACGAAGUCCCAUGAUAAUCUGAUUUCUGGUUUUACACAGCCAGACCUACAGAUGACAGUUACUGAUGACUCAUCAACUUUGUGUCGUGCACGUGGUUAUUAGUUAUAUUACCCAUUUAAUUAAACAUUUUACCAUAGACUACUGUGUGACUCUGAUGAUGACUGUAUGUAGUAAGUACUUUUUGGCUGAUAAAUAGUUUUGGCUCAUC